AAGAGCAGCGGCUCUCCUCUCCUCCAGAGACUUUUCUCCUCCAUUCUCAUCCCAGAGAAACAUGGCGAGAACCAAGCAGACUGCCCGCAAAUCCACCGGAGGCAAAGCCCCCAGGAAGCAGCUGGCCACCAAGGCGGCCCGCAAGAGCGCUCCGGCCACCGGCGGCGUGAAGAAGCCUCACCGCUACAGGCCCGGUACCGUGGCUCUCAGGGAGAUCCGACGCUACCAGAAAUCCACCGAGCUGCUGAUCCGCAAGCUGCCCUUCCAGCGCCUGGUCAGAGAGAUCGCUCAGGACUUCAAGACCGACCUGCGCUUCCAGAGCUCCGCUGUCAUGGCUCUGCAGGAGGCCAGCGAGGCCUACCUGGUCGGCCUGUUCGAGGACACCAACCUGUGCGCCAUCCACGCCAAGAGGGUCACCAUUAUGCCCAAAGACAUCCAGCUGGCCCGCCGCAUCCGCGGAGAGAGAGCUUAGACCGCUUCACACACACUCACAGUCACACACACACACACAACG